CUCGCGAGCACGGACCGCGAGCUGUGCUUUUUCUCUCCCGUUCUGUGUUGACCGCUUGAUUGGAGUUUUUGAUUUCGACCGAUCGCGCUGGCAGCUGCGGCCAACGGUCAAACGACCGCCAGCAUCCGGAUCCGAAUCACCAUCCUCCGGCAGAUCGGCGCACCGACGACAACAAACCCGUUUGCGCAGGACUCUCCGGCCAGGACGCCGUCGCCAAAGCCCAUGGGCUGCAGGAUAUCCUGCGCAUCCUGCUGAACUGGUGCAGUGCUGGUGCAGUGCUGGUGGAGUGGGCGGCGGGACGCGACAGCGCCAGGUGAUCGUCCAACGAUGGCCCUUUCGAGCGGAAACUACGAGGAGCUUGGAGUGAUCGGAACGGGAGCCUACGGUACCGUGUACCGGGCGCGCGACCUCAAAAACUCGGGAAACAUCGUAGCACUGAAGAAGGUGCGCGUCGCCCUGACCGAAGAUGGGGUGCCCAUGUCGACGUUACGUGAAAUCUUCAUGUUAAAACAGCUGGACACCUUUGGCCAUCCCAAUGUGGUCAAGUUGCUGGAUGUGUGCCAAGGACAGCGGUUGGAGCGGGAGGGGCAGCUGGUGCUUUUCCUGGUGUUCGAACACCUCGAUAAGGAUCUGGACGAGUACAUCAAGCAUCUACCACCGAAGGGAAUGCCUCCCGCAACGAUCCAGCGCCUGGCACGGGAGAUGCUGACCGGUAUCGACUUCCUGCACUCGCACCGCAUUGUGCACCGUGACUUGAAGCCCCAGAAUCUCCUCAUUUCGGCCGAUGGUCGCCUCAAGCUGGCCGAUUUCGGGCUGGCCAAGACGUACGAUUUCGAGAUGAAGCUCACGACCGUCGUGGUAACGCUUUGGUAUCGCGCUCCGGAAGUGCUCCUCGGCGAAGCGUACAACUCCAGCGUAGACAUCUGGAGUGCCGGCUGUAUCGUGGCAGAAAUGUUCCAACGGAGGGCACUCUUCCCCGGUACCGCCGAGGGCAAUCAGUUGGAGAAGAUAUUCGAACUGACCGGUCGUCCCAGUGAGACCCAGUGGCCGCGCGGCAUUUCGAUCGUACGGGAAAACUUUCGACCGACGAAACCACGGGAACCGCGCGAUCUGUGUCCGUUACUGUGUGAACACGCCAACGAUCUCCUGAAAAUGAUGCUCACCUUCAACCGGCACGAUCGUCCGUCCGCCCGGCAGUGUCUGAAUCACAUUUACUUUACGCAAGAACCGAUGCCGACGUAGGCUCACGGCAGACGACUUAUCCAUCGGCAAUGGCAAGGCUGAAUGAAGGGAUACGAAACGAUCCGGACGCAGUUUGCUCACGGAUUCGUUCUAUUAAGGGCUAAGGUAAGGCGCCACAUAUCCUAGGAGCUUAAACAAAAGACUAUUCACACUAAAUACGUACAAGAAAAGAAAAACCAAAAUCCAAUUUACGCAUACACAACCACAAACACAAACACAAACACGUACACGUUAAAAAAAUCAGAUUAGUUAGCAUAUUGACUGCCAAUUGAGUGUUACAAAAUGUGUCCAAACCGCUUGCGGUCGUCCCUGCCUACUACUGCCAUAUACCCCCCCCCCCCCGUCAAGUUGAGGCGCGAUAUUGUUAGCUGAUAAGACUUGAAAUACUUGUAGAUUUCGUUGUAAGAAUGAUUUCAUUUUAAGCCGUUAAGUAGCCGAACAAACGGAGCAGCAGGCACACAUCGUUUCAGUGUUGGUGGUGUGCUAUGCCGCAGCUCGUGUAUGUGUGUUUUUGGGGUUCUGCGUUGCGUUGGUAAACCGUUGGAUUUCACUGUAUUUGUAAGUACGUUCGCUUAACGAUUCAACUUUAUUAUCACUUUAAGUAUAAGUCUAGAGUUACAAGGAAGGUGGAAAAAAACUAAAUAAAAAAGAAUACCGUUUAUUUUUGCAAACCACA